UGGUGGUUGCCGAGUGCAUUGACUUCGUCGGGGAAAUGGAGGAGCAGGAGAUAAAUCUGGCCGUCGCCGGCGUAGGGGAGGUGAAGGAGGGGCUGGAGGAGUCGUUCGAGCCGACGGAGGACGAGCUGGUGCUGCACUUCCUGCGGCCGCAGCUGCGCGGGUUCGCGCCGCGCGUGGCGGGCGCGGUGGUGGAGGCGGACCCGUGCGCGGCGACCCCCUGGGAGCUGCUGGCGCGGCACGGCCUGCUGCGGCGCGGGCACGGCUACUUCUUCGCGGCGCGGCGGCGGCGCGGGAAGCGCGCCCAGGCGCGGCGCACGCCGGAGGGCGGCGGCGGCGCGUGGAUGCACAGCGGCAACAGGGAGGACCGCCGGUCCGUGACGGAGCUGGGCGUGGUGGCGCGCUGGUCCAUGACGCGCUACUGCUUCUACGCCCGCGACUGGGCGCAGGGGCGGCGGAGCACCGGCUGGGUCAUGUCCGAGUACGAGAUCACGGACCCGCGGUGCUACCGGCGCGCCGACGACGGCGAGGAGGACCACUACUGGGUGCUCUGCCACGUCCGCCGGAGCGUCAGGAAGAACCUCAAGCCGCGCUCCCGGAGGCCGUAGCCCGUAGGGGAUCAGUACUCAGCAGGCUGCCUCGCCUCGGCUCGGUCGCCGGCCGGCCGGCGCAAGGCGGGGAGAGUCCCCAUAGGAUUUCGUGUUGCGUUUCUUGUGCUCGUCGCCCGGCAUGUCCGUCCGUCGGUGCGCGUGGGCCAUUGGCAGCGUUGAGAGAAGAAAGGAAAUAAAUGCGCGCUGUAAUAAAGCAGUUCCGCGUGCGCCGUGAGCGGUGCACA